AAUUUAGGAUUGGGUUAAGCUAAGAAUUAUACAUGGUUUACGGAUUUAGGUCACAUUUCCAAAACUUUUUAUCACAUUUCACAUCAAGAGCAUUUAGGCAGUAGGUGUAUGAGUAUAAAAGAGAAUAGAUUAAUUGCAUUAUUAUACACGCUAAUUGGAUUGAGACCAAGCCUUGUAAAUUCAUGGCGCAAAGGCAAGGGAAGGGGGAAAUGGUUAAUCAACAGGUUGUUUCUCCACUAACAUUGGUAUUGGUGGGUCGUACAGGAAAUGGAAAAAGUGCAACUGGAAAUAGUAUUCUUGGAAGAAGAGCAUUCAAAUCGAGGACAAGUUCUUCUGGUAUUACUAGAUCUUCUGAGUUGCAAUCAUGUGUCAGGAAAGAUGGCAAGGUCAUAAAUGUGAUCGACAGUCCUGGAUUGUUUGAUCCAAGUGUUAGUUCAGAAUACAUUGUAACAGAAAUCGUGAAAUGCAUAGAUUUAGUAAAAGAAGGUAUUCAUGCAAUUAUCUUAGUUUUUUCAACGAGGACUCGAUUUUCGAAAGAAGAAAAAUCUACUUUUCAAACACUUCAAACUUUGUUUGGAACAAAGAUCGUGGAUUUUGUCAUUGUCCUCUUCACCGGAGGGGACGAACUCGAAGAUAAUAAAGAAACACUGGAAGAUUACUUGGGUCGUGAGUGUCCUAUGGGGUUGAAGGAUAUCAUAGCCGCAAGCAAGAAUCGCUGCUUGGUUUUUGAUAACAAGACCAAGAAUGAAACAAAGAAGGUUGAACAAGUAGAGAAAUUGAUAGAGAUGGUGAAUGGAGUUGUACAACAAAAUGGAGGAAAAGCCUACACUCAUGCCUUGUUCUCUAAUCUCAAGUUUGAGACCAAGUUGCAAGAUGUGAAAACCAAGCUUGAACAACAAUUGGAGUGUGAAAGACAAGCAAGACUUGAAGCAGAACAGAGAAUGCAAGAAUUUAAAAACAAAUCCAUUGAAGAAAUUCAAGUCCUCAACGACCGUCUACGCGACGCACUUGAAAGGCCACUGCCACCGCCACCGCCACCACCUCCACGAAUGCGACAACCAAUGCUGUGGCCUUGUGUUAUUGUAUGACUGCAUUAAAUUGGCCCAAACUACUCAGUAUUAACGAUCAACUUCACUACAAGACUCAGGGAAGACUGUAUCUUUUAAGCUUUAAAAAUCUUCAAUCGUUUACCUGAAUACAGCUCAAUCGUGUAGAUGAAGCUCUAAGGAACUAGACGAUAGUUCAAUUAUGUAAACGAUAUUAAGAAGCACUAGACGAUUGUGUAGGAAAUAGUUGAAUUGAACUAGACGAUCGUAUAGACGAUAUUUGAGGAACUAGACGAUGUAAAGUUGAGCUAAACGAUCGUGUAAAUGAUGCAAGAUGAACUAAACAAUCGUGUACACGAUACUUUAGAAAAAGCUAGAUGAUCGUAGAGAAAGAAAGAACACAAGUAUUUAAGUGGUUCAGCCAAAGCCCUACGUCCAUUGUGCAAAUAGGGAGGGUCUCUUUU